UUUUCUUUUUCUCUUUCGCCCUCCAUCUUUUUGUGUGUAUUCUUUCAUUGAGUGAGUUCCACUUUGUGCAAAAUAAGCUAUUUAUAAUUCCUUCACAUUUGAUUAAUAACCACUGUUUCUUCUAUCAGCAGAGAAAGAAGAAUUUUCCUUGUGCAAUAAAUGCUAAUCUAAUACUAAUCAUAGUUAAUAAUAGUGCUCUGUUUCUAGGGUUCCAAGAACUCGGGCAGUCCUGCUUAGCUAGAAUGUGUGCCCUAGAAUCAUCCAUGUCUCCUUCCACUAGUGUCUUUGAUCAAUUGGCCAACAAGGCGACCAAAUGGGGAGUGACGGGCUUGGCUGCCGCGGUGGUGCUAUGGCGCCACGAUCCCGCGGCGAUGUGGGCGGUCACUGGCGCGAUCGUCAACAGCGCCAACGCCAAAUUCCUCAAGCAAUGCAUCAACCAGCAGCGUCCAGCCACUGCGGUGCUCAAGACUGAUGCAGGAAUGCCCUCCACCCACGCCCAAUCUCUCGGCUACCUCUCCACCUACGCGGCAAUUGGGAUCGCGGGAUGGAACGGACUAAAUCUCGUCUCCCUGGGGCUGUGUGCCAUUGUUCUUGGCUGCGCCGUCUACCUCGCGUACCUUAGGGUUUGCACGGGAUUGCACAGUGGAGCCCAGGUGGUGAUAGGGGCUGCUAUCGGGAGCUCCAGCGCGCUGGUGUGGAGCUGGAUAUGGAAGGCUGUAGUGGCGCGAUACACGGUUAGAAAUUCGAAAUAUUCCAGGCGCUGUCGCAGCAGGGCGCGGUGAUCUUCCGCUGUUGCCGUGCGUGCAUCCAAGCGGUAACUAGCUUGAAUGUGGAUCGCAUUCCUCGUUGCGGCGAGCUCGUUCGUGGCAUUUGUAGUGAAAAAUUGGAGAAUUGGAAAGGCCUAAACCUUUUUCUUGAUUAUUAUUUAUCGUUCUUCAAAUACUAAUGAUUUUGUGAUGGAAAUUUCCAUCUCCA